AUGCCCGCCAAAUUCGCCAAAGAUCAGCCAGCAGGCUUCGUCAACCGCAUCGAGAAAGUUGCCAUUGUCGGAGCGGGAGGCAGUAUUGGAUCCUACUUCACCAAACACCUUCUGGCAACUGGCAAGCACCAAAUCACAGCGUUGGCGCGGGCAGGAAGUACCGCGAGGAUCCCCGAUGGUGUUCGCCGCGUUGUCAUCGACUACAAUAACGAAUCUACUCUGGUGGAAGCUCUGAAAGGCCAGGACUUCCUCGUCAUCACCCUCGGCGUCACUGCUGGUCGGGAUGGCGGUAAUGCAGAGGCAAAACUUAUCACAGCAGCCGCCAACGCUGGAGUGCCCUAUGUUAUGCCCAACGCCUACGGCCCCGACCCUCUCAACGAGAAAAUGCUGACGCAAGUCCUUGUCGGGCUCCCGUUCAUUGCUGCCAAAGGUCUGGUCGAGAAACUGGGCGUCAGUAGUUGGAUCGCAUUGGCCUGCGGGUUUUGGUAUGAGUGGUCUUUGGUUGGCAUGGGCCAGCACCGUUUCGGCAUCGACCUGGCCGAGCGGACCGUGACCUUCUUCGACGACGGGGCAGAAAAGAUCACAACAUCGACCUGGGAGCAAUGCGGUCGGGCCCUGGCGGGUCUGCUCAGUCUCAAGCGGCUGCCCGACGACGAGAACGACAAGUCGCCGUCUGUCGACAACUGGGCCAAUAAUGCGGUCUACAUCUCGAGCUUCCGCGUCAACCAGAAGGACAUGUUCGAGAGCGCCAAACGCGUCACGGGCACGGCAGACGCGGACUGGAAGAUCGAAUACGUCAAUUCAGGGAAGCGUUUCGAGGAUAGUGUGGAGGCCAUGAAGAAGGGCGACAUGCUAGGCUUUUCGCGCCAGAUGUACACGCGAAUCUUCUUCCCCACUGGCGAGGGCGAUCACACCAAGCAUGGAUUGGCGAACGAGGCUCUCGGACUUCCAGAGGAGGACAUCGACGAGUCUACAGAGGAGGGCUUGCGUCUGGAGAAGACCGGAGUGCUCGUUUACGCUAUGUAG